AUUGUGCGAAACAAUGUAUGACGACUGGGAUAAUAUCAUUAAGUUUUCAAUGUAUACUACAAAUACAAAUAAUAAUAAUAAUAUGGACAUCGAGUCCACUAAUAGCCAGUCUAUGGCAUCACCACCGAUGUCCAGCACCGGCGCCAUUGGUGAUAAUGGUGACCAUCAUCAUCAUCAACAUCAUCAACAUCAUCAACAUCAUCAACAUCAUCAUCACCACCACAUGUCAGACAGUCUCGAGGACAGACAGUCGAGGAUCGACCAGAUUAAGCAAAAUCUUAUACAAUCCUCUCAACAAUUUUUGAAUCAUUACACCGCCGAUAAUGAUAAUAAUGAUAAUAAUAAUAUGGAAAACGCCAUUGAUAAUAAUAAUAAUACCAAAAAAUUUUAUUGCUGUAAUAAUUACAUAAAACUAGAAAAUAAUAACUUAAUUAAUAACAAUAAUGUAAUACAUGAUAAUAACUGCUGCAAACAAUUAUCAUUACCAUUGCCAGCACCGGCACCGGCGCCAGCAUCAGCACCGUCAUCAUCAAUGGCGGCGACAUCACCGAUACAUCAUCGCAAGCUAAUACAAAUGAAUAGCCAGUUCCAGGACAUCAAUCUAGAAGCAGACAUUCAUCAUCCAAACAGACAACAGAUCCCGGAGCCGUCAACACCACUAACUAUUGGACAACACCUGUCAAACUAUAGACAACCGCCGCCACCGUUGACAUGCGAUUGUAUAGCACUUUCAUCCAUCAGCAGCACUAGUCAACAGCAAUCAAAUUUUGGUCAACAAUUGUCCUAUAAAUAUGACAAUAAACUACUAAAAAAUACUAAUAAUUUAAGCGCACAACUGAUGCCAACAAACAACAAUAGUAGUCAACCAAUUGUUAACAUUGGACAACAACACAUGCCAGCUCCGGGAGGUAAUAAUAAUAAUAAUUGGCAACCAGAACUACCGGUGCCGCGUCAACAAAUACCCGUACAGCAGCCACAAGCGCCGAUAGUCAAGAAGAAAAAAGGACGACCAGUGGAAAAUCCUAACCGUAGAACCAGAACACCCAGAGAUAGGGAACUGGCGCUCAACAUUGAAUUAGGACGGCUAGAGGUCAGGCACUGGGAGCUGUCCAGGCGGACAGAGUGGCUGCAGCAAGAGGUACGCACAAUGAUGAACAAGUUUGCCACCGAUUAUGGCUUCACACCCGACCUCAGUAUUAGUCAGAACUGGGAUUAAUUGGAAAAUAUUAUAUACAGUAUAUAUACAGUAUAUAUUUUUUGUUGCAUACCGUUCCUCCCUCUCUCUAUAUCAUACAGUAUAUA